AUUUUAUUUAGCUUAUUUUUACCAUGUUAGUUUUAUGUUUAGCUGUGAUUUGAUUUAAAAUAAGGUCAUUUUAAUAUGUAUUGGAAAGACUUUUUCGUAUUUGGUACUUUUCUCAAUGAAUUUAGUUUAUUACACAUUUCUUCACUUAUGAGCAUGCUAUGCAUGAUUACCGGUUUGAUGCUGUUAUUAUUUUGAAGAAAGGAGCUUUAAAGAAAUUAUUAUUUAAAUGAGUUAGAAAGAAAUGUGUCAAAAACACUGACUGAUCUGAGAAACUUUUGCUGGGACCCAGGUUAAAAAUGUGGAAGUCCGCGACAUUGCAAGAAUUGAACGAAUUGGAGCUCAUUCCCAUAUUCGAGGUUUGGGUUUGGAUGACAGCUUGGAAGCGAGAGCCGUAUCACAAGGGAUGGUAGGACAACAAAUGGCAAGAAGAGCAGCUGGAGUUGUUUUAGGAAUGAUUAAAGAAGGGAAAAUUGCUGGAAGGGCUGUUUUACUUGCUGGACCCCCUGGCACAGGGAAGACUGCCAUUGCUAUGGGUAUUUCAAAAUCACUUGGUAAAGAUACUCCAUUCACAGCUAUGGCUGGGUCUGAAAUUUACAGUCUUGAAAUGAGUAAAACAGAAGCUCUGACACAAGCAAUACGGAAGUCUAUUGGCAUCCGGAUAAAAGAAGAAACUGAAAUCAUUGAAGGUGAAGUUGUCGAAAUACAGGUGGAACGACCAGCUACAGGAGUUGGUGCCAAAGUUGGAAAACUCACUUUAAAGACUACAGAAAUGGAAACUGUCUACGACCUUGGAACAAAGAUGAUUGAUGCUCUUACCAAAGAAAAGGUUCAGUCGGGUGAUGUAAUUACUAUUGACAAGGCUACUGGUAAAAUUAGCCGAAUCGGUAGAUCAUUUACCAGAGCAAGAGAUUAUGAUGCGACUGGUCCUCAGACUAGGUUUGUCCAGUGCCCUGAGGGAGAGUUACAAAAGAGAAAGGAAGUUGUACAUACUGUGUCAAUACAUGAAAUUGAUGUCAUUAAUUCUAGGACACAUGGAUUCUUAGCUCUCUUCUCAGGUGAUACUGGUGAAAUCAAGCCAGAAGUUAGAGAACAAAUCAAUACAAAAAUUGCUGAAUGGAGAGAAGAAGGAAAAGCAGAAAUCUCACCUGGUGUUUUGUUCAUUGAUGAAGUUCAUAUGCUUGAUAUUGAAUGCUUCUCAUUUUUGAAUCGAGCUCUUGAAGAUGAGAUGGCGCCCGUUGUUAUUAUGGCUACAAACCGAGGUAUCACUAACAUCAGAGGAACUAAUUAUACAUCACCUCAUGGAAUUCCUAUUGAUCUCUUAGACAGGAUGAUAAUCAUUUCCACCUCGCAAUACAGGGAGAGUGAGCUUAGAGAAAUUUUGAAAAUUAGGUGCGAAGAAGAAGAUUGUGAAUUGUCUGAUGAUGCUUUGACAGUUCUUACUAGGAUAGCUAUGGAGACUAGCCUACGGUACGCCAUACAACUGAUAACACUAGCAGGCCUGGUAUCCAGACGGAGAAAGAGUAAUGAGGUAGAAAUUGAAGAUGUAAAGAAAGUCUAUUCUUUGUUUUUGGAUGAAGGAAGGUCAACACAGAUCUUGAGUGAAUACCAAGAUCAAUACCUUUACGAUCAGAAGCCUGAUGUUGGUGGAAGUGGAGAACCAAUGGAUCUGUGAAACAUUUUUAGAUCACCUUUAUCCUAUUCCAUUAAUUUUCUAUCUUAAAUAACAUUACAUUAAUAAAAUUAUGUACAAAUUUAUAUUUAGUUAAACUGUUAAUUUUUUUAAUUUGUGUUUUUUUUACUCCUUUUGUCUGAUUCUUUUUUGUUUUAAUGACUAUUAUUAAUGGAACAUGUAUGAUCCUUAUGAUA